AUGUCCACAUUCGGCAACCACUUCAGGGUCACCACCUAUGGUGAAUCCCACUGCCGCUCCGUCGGCUGCAUCAUUGAUGGCUGCCCACCGGGUAUGGAGCUCACAGAGGCCGACAUCCAGCCCCAGAUGACCAGAAGACGGCCGGGCCAGUCCGCCAUCACGACCCCGAGAAACGAAAAGGACCGCGUGCAGAUCCAGUCCGGUACCGAGUUCGGAGUCACCCUGGGCACUCCCAUCGGCCUCAUGGUCAUGAACGAGGACCAGCGCCCCAAGGACUACGGCAACAAGACCAUGGACCUCUACCCCAGACCCAGCCAUGCCGACUGGACCUACCUCGAAAAAUACGGCGUCAAGGCCAGCAGCGGUGGUGGCAGAAGUUCUGCCCGUGAGACCAUUGGCCGUGUCGCUGCCGGCGCUGUGGCCGAGAAGUACUUGAAGAUUGCCCACGGCAUCGAGAUCACUGCCUUUACGACAUCCGUCGGCCCCGUCCACAUGUUCCCUCCCACCGCUGAGGCGCCCACCCCCAGCCAGAACCCCGAGUUUCUCAAGCUCAUCGAGACCAUUGACCGCGAGACCGUCGACAAGUUCCUGCCGGUGCGAUGCCCCAACGAGGACGCCACGAGGAGGAUGGAGGAGUGCGUUGCCGACUUUAGAGACAAGGAAGACAGCAUUGGCGGAACCGUGACCUGCGUCAUCCGCAACGUCCCCAGCGGCCUGGGCGAGCCUUGCUUCGACAAGCUCGAGGCCAGCCUGGCGCACGCCAUGCUCAGCAUCCCCGCCACCAAGGGUUUCGAGUUUGGCUCCGGCUUUGGCGGCUGCGAGAUCCCCGGAUCCCUCCACAACGACCCCUUCAUCCGCGCCCCCGAGUCUGCAGUCAAGGCUGGUCUGCCGCGAUCCAAGCUCGCCACCAAGACCAACAACUCGGGUGGUGUCCAGGGCGGUAUCACCAACGGUGCCCCCAUCUACUUCCGCGUCGCCUUCAAGCCCGCGGCCACUAUUGGCCAGUCGCAGACCACCGCCACCUACGACGGAGAGGGGGAGGGUAUUCUCGCCGCCAAGGGCCGACACGACCCUUGUGUGGUGCCCCGCGCCAUUCCCAUCGUGGAGGCUAUGUCGGCGCUGGUGAUCAUGGAUACGCUGAUGGCACAGAUGGCUCGCAUUGGCGCAAGAAGCCAUCUUCCCCCGUUGAGCUCAACUGUGCCUCCUUCUAGUAAUGGCGUCUCGAGUGGAUUGUAA